AAGACCCAACCAACUACAAACAUGUUUCUUCUACAGUGUUUUUCCUGGAAAAAGAAGACAACAGACAAAACUGUUGUGGCAGAUGAGAAGAAGCUUAAAAACUCUCAGAAAUGCCAAACCAAGUCAGACACCCAACAUCCAAAGGCCAAGAAGAAGACGUCAAAACCAAGAUGGAUUUGGCCUUUUUGUUGUUUCAGAAGGAAUCAUCGCGUCUCUCCGGCUGAGAGCACCGAUUUCUUGAUUACUAACAAAGUAACAGAGAUAACAAACUCCACUGAAGAGAUAACAGGAGAGCAACUCACACAAAAAAUGAGUGCAUUAUUCUCACAUCAUGACAAGAGGACAACAGUGGAGCAGAUCAAGCAAGACAAGUCACCCUUGUCUGCUAAGAAAAACAAGGAGAAGCCAGCUGGCAAACUCUGUAGCAGAUCGCAGGUGAUGGGUGUAUCCUCUCGUCUAUGUCCAUUGUCAUACCUGAAAAUCAGUUUGUUGGAUACAAACUGCACCAGGAACACCUUGGAGUCCCUUUCUGAACCAGAGGAAUGUUACUCCCUCCAAAAUGACAUAUUCAAUUGGAUAAGAACAUUAUCUAACAAAUACAGCUGGAGAACCACCGACCCCCUUGGAUUUCCAAACCUCGGGAACACUUGCUAUAUGAACUCCAGUCUUCAGAGCCUCCUGACAUUAAAAGAUUUUGUGACGAGCGUCAGUCGUACAGAGCAGAUCUGGAGAUCAGUUCCUGAGGCUCAACUGCUGAAAAAACUGACUGAAAUCAGGGACUGUCACAAAUCAACUAACUCUGACAUCAAGAGUCAACUCCUGCAGUCCUUUAAAGAUCUUAUCAGUGACCAGAACCCGCAGUUUAUGGACAGUUUGCAGAAUGACGCCCAUGAGUUCCUGAUCUCGAUCCUGACACACAUGGAGAGUCUGUCUCCUCUGCUUCAACGGACCGCAGCGGGCCUGGGCAGAAGCUAUACCUGUCCAGUGGAAGACAACUUUGGAUUUAAAAUGGAGUACACCAGAACAUGCAAAAAGUGCGGAGUUCAAUCAGUCAGACAGGAACAAUUUACUAAUCUGUCUCUGGACCUGGUUCCUGGAGGGUGUAUUGAAGACAUGCUUGAAAAAUAUCUUCUGGAGGUGGAGCUGGAAUACAGCUGUGAGUGCGGAGGAAAGUCAUCAGGCCAGACUUUGACCUUUGCAUCCCUGCCAAAAACAUUUAUCAUACAUCUUAAGCGUUUUUGCUACACUCCAUCCUUCAACCUGCAGAAAAUCUAUGACCCUGUGCAGAUACAGAGGGACAUAGUUGUGUCAUCUAAAAUGGGUGGUGGCUGUUUCAGUCUGGUCAGCGCCAUCAGUCAUUCAGGCAGUAUUGAAGAAGGACACUACAUCUGUGACAGCAUCGACCCAGAAGACUGUCCACUGGAGCCAACUGACCACUGGCUUACUUUCAAUGACUCAAUGGUCCUUAAAACAUCUGGCUGGGACGUUUGCAAGAAAAGGCAGGAGCUGGCGUACAUCCUUUUCUAUCGGAGACAUAUCUAGAACUGGAUGUAGAAAGGGGGUGGGGGGGCAGAAGAUCCAGCCACAGCAACAAACAACCAUAAGUAAAGUGUCAGGGACCAGCUGC